AUGAUGGGAAGCCAAUCUCGGUGGGGAUGGAGCCGGUCAGAGACCGAGCGGCUGGUUCGGCUGCAAGCCGUCGUGAGGGGGUGGCUGUUGCGGCGAAAGGUUAAUUGGAUCCCGGCGAGAGACCUGGAGGCUGUGCUGAAGGACCUGGACCAGAGGGACAAGGGCUUGAGAAGGCUGGUGGCCUACCUUGUCUUCUUUCUGCUCUUCUUCGGGAUCCUCAUCCUGGAGUCCGACGUCACCUUCCAGCACUCCGUGGAGACCGGCAUUACAAAAUUCAUCAACCAGGAAGGAACGAUUGGCCAUCGGUGAUCGGUCCUGUGGGAACAAUGCUCCGUCCUCUCGAGGACGCGUGGUCAAUGGUCUAACCGCUAAGGCAUGCAAAGCAUAAGAGUACG